UGCCACAGCCUUGUUCGUUCGCACGCAGGCACGUACGCCGUCGCCUUGUAUUGACUGUUGCGCGGGGUACGGCAGUUAUGUUUUGAAGUAACUGUGCUGCAGUGUCAUUUAGGGUGAACUGAUGUGUGUUUGGAGCAGUCUCGAGCGCUGCUUCGCGCCGCGAUGCGACGCUGGCGACGUGAAUAGCAGGCGGUCGACCGGGCGGAAGGAUACGCAGCCAUUUUAGGUGGCGAUGCGGCAGGCUGGUCGAAGCGUUCCGCCAUUCCAAACAAUCAAAGUGUUCGGUUGGAAGUGCCGCUCCUUGUAUAUUGUCGUGUAUCGGGCGUUAUUCGGCAGGGCGGGUGAUGGCGUGAUGUGACGGACGCGAUAGCCAGGCAGUGAAGUGAGAAUAGUUGGAAACGUGCGCGGCGCGGAAUGGUGUGAAGCCAUGGAAAACGAAAGGCAGCGCAACCAAAGGAACAGGAGACGCGAGCGAGCCCAACGCAUCCAGGCUCAAAGGGAGAGCCGAGGGAAUGAAGCGGAUAGUGGCGACGACGAAGUGGCAGUUAGGGAAAAGCCUCCGAGGCCGCCCAACAGAAGGAAAAAAUUGAAGGAGUUAAAGGAACCACUUUUUUUGGAAGACAUCGUUGACGGAUUUUCCAUACUGGCGUUCCGCACCUACGAGGACCUCCAGAGCGCGCUGAAGAACGGCAAGCUGACCCACGCCCAGGGCAAGAGGCCGGCCCCGCCAGGCGCCGCGGCCCUCGACCCGUCCGCCACGCCGCCCUGCCAGGGCCUGGCGACGCUGCAGCACGACGCCGGCACCAGCGACGACAGCGGGCGGGCGUCGGAGCGCCUGAACGGGCCGGUCACCUCGUCCAGGGAGAGCCGCGACAGCUCGCACGACCGCCUCAGCGACGCCAGCAGUCACUGCAGUUCAGGGAAAGGCUAUAUCUGUGAUAGUGAAGGCGAAGACGACAAGGGCUCCGAUGCUGGGUCCGACCUCUUCACCACCACCAGGAGACACGAGCUGCCGGGCCAUGCGCCGCCGCCGCUGGCCGUCAACAACGGCACGGCCUCGUCUCCGGGCAGCCGGGGCGGCGGCAGCGUGAGCCCCGCCCCCAGCCCGCCGCCGCCGCCGCCGCAGGCGUCCCGCCCCCAGACCCCCCCGCGCGAGCCCUCGCCCCCUGCCCCCGCCCCGCCGGCGCCCGCCGCCAACGGCCCGCUCCCGCCGCCGAGCCCGCCCGCCCCGCCGCCGCCGGCCGCCCCCGGCCCCACGCUGUACGCGCCGCCGCCGCCGCAGCACCUGCACCACGCCGCCUACCCGCCGCUGUACGCGCCCUACGCCAGCUCGCUGACGCACCAGCGCGGGCCGUCCCCCCCGCGCCACGACCUCGUGAGGUCAUCUCGCUCCCCGUGUGGCAUGGCCAGCAGCAAGCUGAGCCACGCGCCCCACGCCUCUUCCACGCUGUCCCUGGGCUCUGCCCCCGUCACGGCAGCGUCGGCGCCCAUCGCGACGACCGCCACGGCGCCGGCCGUGACGACCGCCAUGGCCGUCGUGACCACCACCACCACCACCAGCCACAGGGACAUGGUGACCACGCCCGUGGUGGGCCGCAGCCACUCCCCGCGGGGGCAUAGUCCCAACCGCGAGCGCGACAGCUACAGCAGUAACGUGAGCAGCCUGAGUCGCGGCAGCAUGACGCCCGUGAGCGUCGCCGCCAGCGCCGUCGCCACCUGCAACUCCUCGCUGCUCAGCUCCCCGGCGGUCGUCUCUUCUAGUCUGUCCUUCCCCAAGACGCCUGUCUGGGUCAGGUGCUGCCCGUUCCUGGUCGUCUCUUCUAGUCUGUCCUUCCCCAAGAUGCCUGUCUGGGUCAGCUGCCCGUUCCUGGUCGUUUCUUCUAGUCUGUCCUUCCCCAAGAUGCCUGUCUGGGUCAGCUGCCCGUUCCUGGUCGUCUCUUCUAGUCUGUCCUUCCCCAAGAUGCCUGUCUGGGUCAGCUGCCCGUUCCUGGUCGUCUCUUCUAGUCUGUCCUUCCCCAAGAUGCCUGUCUGGGUCAGCUGCCCGUUCCUGGUCGUCUCUUCUAGUCUGUCCUUCCCCAAGACGCCUUUCUGGGUCAGCUGCCCGUUCCUGGUCGUCUCUUCUAGUCUGUCCUUCCCCAAGACGCCUGUCUGGGUCAGCUGCCCGUUCCUGGUCGUCUCUUCUAGUCUGUCCUUCCCCAAGACGCCUGUCUGGGUCAGCUGCCCGUUCCUGGUCGUCUCUUCUAGUCUGUCCUUCCCCAAGACGCCUGUCUGGGUCAGCUGCCCGUUCCUGGUCGUCUCUUCUAGUCUGUCCUUCCCCAAGACGCCUGUCUGGGUCAGCUGCCCGUUCCUGGUCGUCUCUUCUAACCUGUCCUUCCGCAAGACGCCUGUCUGGGUCAGCUGCCCGUUCCUGGUCGUCUCUUCUAGCCAGUCCUUCCCCAAGACGCCUGUCUGGGUCAGCUGCCCGUUCCUGGUCAUCUCUUCUAGUCUGUCCUUCCCCAAGACGCCUGUCUGGGUCAGCUGCCCGUUCCUGGUCGUCUCUUGUAGUCUGUCCUUCCCCAAGACGCCUGUCUGGGUCAGCUGCCCGUUCCUGGUCGUCUCUUCUAGUCUGUCCUUCCCCAAGACGCCUGUCUGGGUCAGCUGCCCGUUCCUGGUCGUCUCUUCUAGUCUGUCCUUCCCCAAGACGCCUGUCUGGGGACACCUCAGUUGCUUCAAUCGAAACAUAAUCUGGGGCCACCAAGCAUUAUCGAAGGCCCCAGAUAUGUCGAUUGUUAUUCCCAUUAUAUAUUCAUAUGAGCGCACUCACAGUCACAGCUCCCCGGCGGUCGUCUCUUCUAGUCUGUCCUUCCCCAAGACGCCUGUCUGGGUCAGCUCGGCGGGCCCCCAGCUGUCCCCGGCAGCGACGGUGCCGCGGCCCACUCCGCCCCCCGUGCCCCUCCCCGCCACACACCCCCUCCACCCGGGCUCCCACCCCUACUCCUCCGCCCCCUUGUUCGCUCCCCCGCCCGUCGUCACCGCCAGCCCGCUCAGCCUGCCGCCCGCGCCCAACCCCAACCCCUUCUCCGCCGAGUCUCUCUUCCAGACAAAGUGCUGCUCGGCCGUGCCGGACCAGGCCGACCUGCUGCGGCGAGAGCUGGACAGUCGCUUCCUGGCGUCCCAGGACCGCAGCCUGGCCGUGGGGCCCCCGCCCUACCUGCGCACCGAGAUGCACCACCACCAGCACCAGCACACUCACGUGCACCAGCACACCACGCCCCUCCUGCCGCCGCCCGCCCCCGCGCUCUUCCCCCCGCCCCUGUUCAAAGACAUCCCGAAGCUGGGGAGCGUGGACUCGCCCUUCUACCGCCAGAACCUGGGGCUGACCUCGUACCCCGGCUACUCCCCAGGACUGCUGCACCCCUCGCUGGGUGCCUCCACCCCCUUCAUGCCUCCGAGUCACCUCCCCACCUUCACGCCAAAGCAAAUGGCUGACCCCACGAAACCUAAACCAGUGAAGACCGGGCGCUGGAACGCCAUGCACGUGCGCAUCGCGUGGGAGAUCUACCACCACCAGCAGCAGAAGAAGCACGCCGAGGCGAAGGCGGGAGCCGACAAGGCGGCCGCGGACAUGCUGCGGCCGGCCAACCACCUGUUCCCGGGCAGCCUGGCCCCGCCCCCCCGCCCCCACGACCUGCCGGCCUUCACCUCUGCCCUCACGGCGCACCGCGGGCCGCCCUUCGACUCCAGCCCGCACCCGGGCGGCUUCCUCACGGCCGUCUCCGCGGCGCACCUCGUUUCCUCUUGCUGUUCUCCAGGUGCCGGCAUGUCGCCAUUCGGACGCUACCCAGCCUCGUUCGGUGCACCGAACACUGCUUUCCCCACACUGGGGGGCUCCGUGUUCCCCCCGCCACCUCCAAGGGAUCUGCCCCCUCUGGGGCACCUCGGGCCAGUGCACGACCCGUGGAGUCGACUGCAGAGAACGGCGGGGGGCUUCCCAGCGUCGGCCGCGAACCCGUGGGGCCUGAAGCCGGAGCCCGGGCCGCUGGACCGGCGCGCGGAGCUGGAGGAGCGGGAGCGUGAGCGCGAGAGGGAGCGGGAGCGGUGCCGCAGGGAGGCGGAGAGGGAGAGGGAGCGGGAGCGGGAGAGGGAGCGGGAGCGGCAGCGCGAGCGAGAGCGCGAGGAGAAGCAGCGUAAGCUGGAGGCGGAGCGCGAGCGGGAGCGCAGGGAGAAGGAGCGCCGGGAGAUGGAGCGCCGGGAGCUGGAGCGGGAGCGGGAGCGACUGCUGCAGGCCAGCAAGAGCCUGGCGGCCGCGCGCGACCGCUCGCCGCUGCGCAACGGCGACGAGGUGCGGGUGAAGGAGGAGCCGCGCGCGCCCAAGGACGAGGACGUGGUGAUGCUGGCGCGGCACCAGCACGCCCACGCCUACCUGGCGGCUCGCCACGGGGUGCUGCCGCCCCCGCCGGCCCUCUCCCGCGUGCCCCCGCCCCCGCACUUCGGCCCCGCCCCCGGCGCCCCGGGCUGGCCGCCCGUCGACCCCUUCCGCGACAACCCGUACCGCUUCGACCCGCUGCUGCGUUUCGGCCCGCUCAUGGCCUACCGCGAGGAGGAGGAGCAGCGCAAGCUGUUCCCGCCGUACGCGUCGGCGAUGCGCGCCAAGGCACCCAGCCCCCACCACCUGCACGGACGCCAACCCCUCAAGCCGGACCUGCACAAGAAGGAGGAGUCCUCCCAGUCGCGGUAGUCCCCCCCCGGCUCCCUUUAUACAGCGUGGACGAGUUAUUUAAUAUUAACGAUUAUUACUGUGUAUCGACUACGUCGCUGAACAAUUGACUAUCGUGCUGUGGUACAAGUGUGUGUGUGUAAUAUAUAUCGUGUACACGUCUGGUCAAAAGUCGUAGCAAAAAUUUGCAUAGGAAGAUUUUGUAUGCAUUUUCUGUUUUGUCCUGUGAUCUCCUGCUAUAACUCGAUCUUGUAGUAUUUCUUUUUUUUUUUUUUUUUUAGAAAAAAAUUUUGUUUGUACCUACCCACAUUCUGUCUUGUAUUCCAACAAUUUUUUUUUUUACGAACAAAUUGUCUUUCAAGAUAUUGUAAUUGAGCAGUUCUGUUGUUUUGGAACUAUAAAAGUAUUCAUUUCUUUACUAUGUGUAAAAUAAAAUUAUAUUAAUAUAUAUGAAACACAGUUAAAAUUUUAGCUGCUUUCCUAGGCACUGCCAGUUUGUUGUAAAAUGCCUGCAAUUUUGAUAAAAUUGUUAAUAAACAAUCACGGAUGACUGCGCGAAAAUAAACACAUUUUAUCUGCUG